AUGAGAAUAUACAUACAUAACUUAUUUAUAAAAGUUGGGCGAAGGUUAAAUAUUAGACAAAUAGCAUUAGCAAGUGGUGAAAUAUAUCUCACAAGAUUUUUAACUCGUGUUUCACUUAAGGAGGUGAAUAUUUAUUUAUUAGUUACUACUUGUUUAUAUGUUGCUUGUAAGAUAGAAGAAUGUCCACAACAUAUUAGACUCAUAUUAUCAGAAGCUAGAUCAAUUUGGCCUGAAUAUAUCCCAUCUGAUAUUUCUAAAUUAGCAGAAUUUGAAUUUUACCUAAUUGAAGAAAUGGAUUCAUAUUUAAUACUACAUCAUCCAUAUAAAUCAUUAAUACAGAUUAGAGAUUAUUUGGAUCUAAAUUAUGGAAAGUUUGGCAUUAAAUUGACCCAGGAAACUAUGCAAAAUUCUUGGUCGCUAAUUAACGACUCAUAUAUUACGGAUAUUCAUUUAUUAUUACCUCCUCAUAUAAUAGCAGUACUGGCAAUAUAUAUAACUAUAGUACUAAAGAAAAACUUAUUACAAUUGAAAAACCUAAAUGAGAAUGGUCAAAAUAAUAAUACGAAAGAUGAGAUGAAUAUUGAUGAUUUGAUGAGUCUAAAUGGAAUACAGAAAAACAAUAAGAAGAAACUGAAUAAUAAUAAUGAGAAUGGGAAUGAUGAUUUUGAGCUAGAUAUUUUAGACGAAGAUACUAUUAAAAUCAACAAGUUUAUGAAUUUUUUAGAACAUUCUCAUAUUAAUUUAGAUGAAAUUGUUGAAGCUGUUCAAGAUAUGAUGAAUGUUUAUCUUGUGUGGAAUAGAUAUAAUGAACAAACUGUUAAAAAGCAAUUACAGGCGAUGUUGUUGAAUAAAAUUUGA